AUGGCAGAAGAAGAACCUCGAGCCAAACGCUCGCGCUUCGACCAGACUGAGCCUGAGCCCCGACGCUCCCGAUUCGAUCGUCGCUCGCGAUCUCCUUCGAACCGACAGUCGGAAUCAACUAGAACCCGCAGCCCAUUGAGUCGCCCACUGAGUGGUGAGCCUCGCAGCCCUGGCGCAGGUGCAGCGCAAUCAUCCGCAUUGGAUCCGGCCGCUGCAGCAGCGGCUGCGGCAGCCAAGAUUAAUGCGCAGCUGCAGGCUAAGAAAGGAAUCCAGCAUGUCGAUGUCCCUCCUAUCCGCUCGACCGAAGGCGGCCCGGCUGAUGAAUCUGGAUCGCCCAAUACAGAGGGUGCAGCAAAGUUGAACGCUGAGAUCUACGUCGCAGAUGGCGAUUACAUCAAGGAUAUCGAGAUCAAUGAUCUGCGGAAUCGUUACACCCUGACCAAGGGAUCCACUCAGAAGAUGAUUAAGGAUGAAACCGGCGCUGAUGUUACCACGCGCGGCAAUUACUACCCGGACAAGAACAUGGCCACAGCCGCGAACCCCCCGCUUUAUCUCCAUGUCACCAGCACCAACAAGGAUGGACUUGAGAAGGCAGUUGCUAUUAUUGACGACCUCAUGCAGAAGGAACUGCCAAACCUAGUCGACGAACGCCGAUUCCGUCGCCGGGAGCCCGAACAGGUUGAACGGGAUGAGUAUGGCCGUCGCAAAUGGCCCGAUGAGCGCAUUCCAAUCGACCUUGAGCCAGUGCCCGGCUUCAACCUGCGUGCCCAGGUCGUUGGUCAGGGCGGUGCCUACGUGAAGCACAUUCAGCAACAGACCCGAUGCCGAGUUCAGAUCAAGGGCCGUGGCUCCGGGUUCAUUGAGUCGAGCACUGGCCGUGAGAGUGACGAGGCCAUGUUCUUACAUGUGGCGGGCCCUGAUGCCAACGAUGUGCAACAGGCGAAGGAGCUUUGCGAAGACCUCCUGGCCAAUGUCAAGGAGCAGUACCAGCGCUUCAAGGAUAACCCACCCCAGCACAACUACGGCGGAUACGGUAAUCGCGGCGGAGACCGGGGCGACCGCUACCACGGUGGUGGAGGUGGAUAUGGCGGUGGCUACAACAAUCGUCAGUCCCAGCAGAACAGCUCUUCUGCCAGCCCGUCAGGACAGGCAACCCCUGCCUCCACCGGUGCUGCUGGAACACCUGGCGCCGACUACAGUGCCCAAUAUGCCCAGUACUACGGCGCCGACCCUUACGCAGCCUACGGUGGAUACCAGAAUUACGUGGCGUACUACCAGUACUACAUGGCCGCUCAACAGCAACAGCAGGCGCAGGAGGGUGCCGCUCCGCCUCCUCCCCCUGCUGGCGAAGCUCCACCACCACCUCCUGGAUCGGGAUCUCCCCCUCCCCCACCUCCUGGUGGUCCUCCUGGAGGCAAUGGCUACAGCGCGGUCCCCCCGCCUCCUGGACUGUAA